ACAGCGAGCCUGACAGGUCAACGUGCGGGCAACAGUUCAAGAGUCCAGUCGCGACACUACGAGGGACACGAUGGCGCAGCGCACAGUGUUUAACGCACGAGUAAUUGGAGCUGUCCAGAGAGACUCUCCCAAGCUCAAGAUGUUUAUGCUCUCAGUGAUGUGGUCAGACAAGAGUGAGGUGAUUGUCUACAGGUCCUUUCAGGACUUUAGAGCGUUUCAUAGACAACUAAAAAAUAGAUUCCCUCACUUCAAUCCUUUGCGUAGAAAGGACAGGCUCAUCCCCAAAUUCAGUGGUGAGGCUAGGAAGACCAACAUGCAGCAGAAGGGAUCCAAGCGCUCCAUCAAGCGCAUGAGGUUUCUUGAAAAUUACUGCACCCAGCUUCUCAAGUGUGACGAGAGCGUGACCCAGAGUUCGGAAGUUUCUCAGUUCUUUACACCAAAAGACCAUGACCUGCAGCCAGAUUUCACCAAAAACAGCGUUUUUGUCACGCUGUCUGAUGACUUGCCCGAUGGGAAGGCUGGAGGAGCGAAUGGCCGCCAGCCUAUUGCCAAUGUCAGUCACCCAUUUGUUACUCAAACGUACUGCUGUGUGGCCCCAUACGAGACCAAGGACACCAAGAACCGACCCUUCAAAACGGCUGUGAAUGAGAAGCUGGACGUUCUCAUCAAAGACCCUGCCGGCUGGUGGCUGGUGGAGAAUGAGGAGAAACGCGUGGCCUGGUUUCCUGCUCCGUAUCUGGAGUUACUGGAUGAAGAAGAGGGAGAGGAUGCUAUGUGUUCAUCUGGAGGUUGUCUGUACAUCACUGUGAGGAGCUACUCCUCCCAAAAACCGGAUGAGGUGUCUGUGAACAUCGGCACUGUGGUGGAGGCGAUACGGAAGUCUGACGAUGGCUGGUGGCUUAUCAGAUCUAAUGGUAAAGCUGGCUACAUCCCAUCUAUGUACCUACAGCCAUACAACAACCCUCAUGCUGGUCUCUUCAGCCUCCAGACCAAGCUGCACAACUCCACUCUGAACCUGGCCUCCAUGGGGCCCCAGACGCCCCUGUUUUCCAGCAUCAGUGAGGAAGAUGAAGACUAUGAAGUCAGGGGUCGGCUUCAGAAGGCCCGCUCCUUGGACAUGCUGUCUGAAAGCUGGACCCAGAGGCCUCAGGAACCCUCUGACCUACGCACACGCAGCAGUAGUGACACCAGCCAGGAGUUAAGUCUGUCCUCCUUCUCUGGGAGUGAGUCCAGCUCCAGCGAGGAGGGGCUGAACAGAGAGCUCGCCCCUAAGCCCGGUUCCCGCCGGGAGUCCAACUUCAGCAACUUCAGCUCCCUGUGCUCCACAACCAGCUCUGACAGCAGCUUGUCCCAGCCCCCCCCAGUCCCAAUGCGCCCUAAGACAGAGGAGAUCCUGAACCGCUGCAGUACCAUGACCCGUAAGGCUGCCCUGGCCUCCCAGGCCCGACUGCAGGAGCAGCCCUCUGCAGUGCACGCCCGAUAAAACAUGUGUGUCCCUGUGUUUACUUAUCGCUCUUCUUAGCCAACAGGUAUCACUGCAGAUUUUUGCACAAAAAAGAAUUUAAAACACUCAUGUUAUUUUCUUAUGUUAAACCCUUUGAGGAAUGUAGCUUCAGUGAAGCAGAAUGAAUACAGUAUUUGUCAUGACAGCUCCUUAUAUGUUUUUCUAUCUAAUCAGAUUAUAAUGGCUAUUUUCACAAAAUUAUGUUUACCUGUAAUUACAUGAAUGAUUUUAAAUGUAAAUGAAUUAAUAUUUAAUGCUGUUGAGUCAAACUCUAAACUAUUUUGAAUUUAUACAGGAGCAGUGAAACUCCUCUGUAGCAACCUGACGUGUGUAUCUAUGUAAUCCUUUAAAACUGUUAUAAAACUUAUUUGACUGCCCCCAAUAAAACAAAUCUGACAUUAUUU